AUGCACAAGGUAGGACAUGCGAUGCUGCUGAUCAACAACGACAACAGCAACAACACACCCGGCGAACAGAAGCAAAGGACGCCAAUCGAGCGCGUGCUCGAUAUCCCUGAGCUAUGGUCAACCAUCCUAUCCUACCUCAACCAAAAGCGCUUCCGUCGACUACGCCUCGUCUCCAAACGCAUCUAUCUCGCUUGCACACCCCACAUCCACGUCAGUCUAACCCUCGCCAGCCAGAAACACGUCGAUGUCGCCUGGGAUCAAGACUUUCCUUCAAACCUCGUCUCUUCCCUCCGCAUCGUCUCCAUCGACCAGUUCUCGCCUGCACUCACCCACCUCCUUGACCAAUGCACCAAUAUCUCCACUCUCGACAUCAACGUGUUUGGGCUCGACAUUGAUUUCUUACAGGAGCUGCUGGAUUACUGCCCUCGACACCUCAAGAAUCUGGUCAUCCGGUCCGAGGGCUUUGUUUCUCUAGAGUCCAUUGUCGAGACCUUUCUUCAGUCGACUACUAUUGCCCGACAGAUCCAGUCAUUGGCGCUUGACAUUGGGAGUACUGGACUCUUUGAGACGGAUGCGCUCUCCUGGACCAUCUUUCGGUCUCUACUCGACACCUGCAGAUCUCUCACAUCGCUCUCUCUAUCAGCGGUCAAGGUGAUGGACAUACCGGAAUCACUCGAGGAGAUCAACCCAUUGCACGCAACAAAGGCCACGUUUCCCAACCUGGUUUCCCUCGCCAUGACCCUGUGCGAUAUUUCAAGCGUUGGGCGGAUACGAUUGUUGAGGAUGUUCCCUAACCUACACACGCUGGACAUGACAUGUCGCAACGACGUCUUUCAAACUGUCGGGGAGGAAUCCGUCGACAACUCAUCGGCGGCACUCGAGCUGAAUUAUCAAGAUCUGUGCGAACAAUUGAGGAAUGUCCAUGUGAGUAGUCGGUCCCAGUCAGAGCAAGAAGGUCUCUUCAGGUUCCUGGGACAUUUGCGGCACUUGGAGAGACUGGAACUAUCAGGAUUGGCGACUCCGGGAGCAAGGUUACUGGACUUGGCGGAGGGAUGGAGUCGCAACAAGGUGUCGUUGAAGCAGCUGAUAUUGAGUCCAAAGUACCGCAAGCUGACCGAGGAAGAGCUUGAGAAGGUGCUCUUGAAGCCAUGUUUUUCAAAGCUGGAAGUUCUGGAUGCCUGGUGCGGACCCGAUCUGAUUCUACGGUUCUGGAACCACGAGACCCAACGAUCCCAAUUGCCGUUCCUGGAGACUCUCCGAGCAUUGCAUCUGAGAAAGGAAGAUGUGGUGUCGGACCUGGACGAUGGUGCUAUGGAGGCACUGAACAUGACACUGAAGCAGUUACCGAGGUUGGUCGAUCUGACAGUGGGCACCAAAUUAGAGGACUUUGGAGUGUUUCAGGGGAUGGGACGAGAUCCGGAGGUGUUGUUGCCAGAUCCACGGACGGUUGUGUAUACGGGACCUGGUGCUGUGGACUGGUCGGGUGAACGACCGUUCCUGCAGACACUUGUGAUUGGAUGCAGCUCCGAGUUCUUCCACCACCGAAUGAGUGAUAUCCCACGGCAGGUUGGAAAGCGCUUCCGGUUCCUUGAGGACUUCAAGUUCACUGGAUUCACUUGA